CCCACUGUCCUUUUGCUCCUCCUAACACUUGCAGCUUCGUCCUUGCCUUCUCAAGACCCCUAUUCGGCCUUUACCCCUCAGAAGCAACUCAGGGUCUCAUCCACCCCUCAAGACUUCAUCAAGCAAGCAACCAGCCCCUCGACUGACCUCCUCUUUCCCCUCGAGACCCUCCUCUCGAAGCAAAAGCAACCUAAUCCAUUCUGCUUUAAAGCAACCUCAUCAAAGAACCUUUGAGUGUCCCUUCCCUCCUCAACCUUCAACAAACCAUCACACCUACAUCUUCCAGCUCCUACUCCUCAACAUGGUCCGACUCUCAACUGCCCUCGUCGCCCUCGCCCUUGGCGCCGCUUCUACCUUUGCAAGCCCUUUGUCGUCGGACAGCCAGGAUGCUAACCUCGCCGUCAGGCGAAGCGAAGCCUUCAACAACCUCAGCCCUGGUGUUCGAGCUUACCUCGAGACUCUCGACCCACGAGACUACGAGAUCGACAUUCCUGAUGAGGCAGAGCUGCAGCGUCGCCAGGUGACCAAGGACAACGGUGUCAUCUACAACUGCAAGAAGGGCCGCGUAGCCGUCACCUACGACGACGGACCGUACAAGUACCACGAGCUCCUCAACCAGAAGUGGUCCGAUGCAGGUCAGCAAGUCACCUUCUUUGUGAACGGUUACAACUACGACUGCGCCUACGACGAACCUUGGGUUACCUACCUCCGACACUCUGUUGCUGCGGGACACCUGCUCGCCUCGCACUCGUGGUCUCAUCCUCACCUGACACAGCUCACGGAUGCUGAGAUUGACGAGCAGGUCAACCUGAUGGAGACCAUGCUCCUGAAGACUGUCGGUGUCGUCCCCAAGUACUUCCGAUGCCCAUACGGUGAAUACGACGCCAACGUCAUCUCCCGUCUGCAGAACAAGCACGGUCUGACCGUUGUGCAAUGGAGCGACGACAUUGGAGAUGCUGAUGGAGUCUCGGCAGCCAAACAGAGGGCAACUUACAACAGCUACACCUCGGGCCAGAGGCACCUCAUCCUCAACCAUGAGACCCACAAGUCUGCAUCCCACACCGUCGCAGACACGGCCAUUGCUCGUUUCAAGAACCAGGGUAUCAAGUCGCAGACGGUACACGACUGCAUCGGCGCUUCCGGCAGCCCCUACAAGGUCAAGGCUACACCUGGCAAGAGGGACUCCACCUGGACCUGUGCCGGAACUCCUUCUCCUUCUUCUUAAUCGACCUGAGCGCCCGAGCUAUUCUUGGCGAAUUCACCGGUCCUGGCUGAGAAACAUCCACUCUUCGCAGCUGACGAUUCAUACCAGCGAGCGCAAUCCUUUCGACUUAAUCAACACCUCAGACUUGUCACACCAUACAGGCGCCAUACUGCGUCCGAGCCUCUGAGGCUAUACCCUCUUUUCGACUUCUUAUCCCGCCGUGACUCGGGCAGCGGCCAUCGCACAUUCACUCACAGAACAUCAUGGCGUCGUAGCAGGCUGACCCUGCAGAUACAGAUUGUCUUUGAAGCCCCAACUUUGAUUGGCCUCUUUGUCACCUUGAAAUCUAUCAUCUUUCUCAUCAUC